UUUUCCAUUUCAGGAAGGACAGUUUUUGGCGUAGUAUACAGGCCGGUUAUUUUGAUUUUUGAUCCGAAAGAAAAAUUGUAGCAAUACUUAAGCAGCGCGGAACUUAAGUAGCGUCAGUAAUAAAUUCGCUUUUGUAGAAUUAAAAUUUUUAUGAAAGUAAGAAGUAAAUAUUUACAAUGAGUACGGAUAGUAUUGAGAAGUUAUAUAAAAAUUUUGGGAUUCUUGCUGACGCCAAAGAUAAACUUACUGAGCAUGAAAAAGAGUAUCUGGAGAUACUAACAGCUGUUAAGGGAUCUGCUAAAGAAAAGCGAUUAGCUUCUCAGUUUAUUGCCAGAUUCUUUAAGCACUUUCCGAAACUAGCCGAUCAAGCAAUUGAUGCUCAUUUAGAUCUUUGUGAAGAUGAAGAUAUUGCUAUACGAAAACAGGCUAUUAAAGACUUGCCAACGUUAUGUAAAGACAACACAGAACACACACCAAGAAUCGCUGAUAUUUUAGCUCAACUUUUGCAAGCUCAGGAUCCAACAGAACUUGAUGUAGUACAUAACAGUAUUAUGACUCUUAUCAAAAAUGACUCAAAAGGUGCAUUGAGUGGAUUUUUCAGUCAAAUUCUCAAUGGUGACGAUUCAACUCGUGAACGUUGCAUUAAAUUUUUGGGUACUAAGUUGAAAGCUCUUGGUCAUAGUGUAAUCACAAAAGAUGCCGAGGAUUUAUUGAUAGCAGAAUGCAAGAAAGUUUUACAGGAUGUUACUGCCAGUGAAUUCCAUAUCAUUAUGGAUGUAUUGGCCUGGACAAAAUUAGGCUCAACAGUUAAAGGACAACAGGAAUUAAUUGAUAUCGCAAUAGAACAAGCAGAACUUACUGUACCAUUCAAACACACGAAUUUGGAGCAGUGUAGCAGAAUUAUCGAAUGUAUAAAACAUGCACUUCCCUUUUUUAACUCACAAACGAAUUCAUCGAAAUUCGUCUCAUAUCUUUGCGUACAAGUUUUACCACACUUAUCACUUAUUUCAUCAAUCGAAGGCCGUGACACUCAAUUGGAAAUUUUAAAGCAAUUAGCUGAACUUUCAGAAUUUUGUGGUACACUCGAAAAAGCGGAAGACAAAGUUCAACAACUUUACAAUGUUUUAAUCACCUUUAUGCCACUACCUCCUGAUACGGAGAUAACAGAAGUUCCAAAACUUCAAUUCAGUCAUGUCGAAUGUUUGAUGUACGCUUUUCAUAAACUUUGCAAGCAAACACCAGAAUUUUUAAUUAAGGAUGCAGAACAAUUGAAGGAGUUUAAAUUGAGAUUGCAGUAUUUUGCGCGUGGCAUUCAAGGUUAUAUUAAAAAGUUGCGUGAAGCGAUUAAUGGAAAAUCGGAGGAGGAAUUGAAAUCAGAAGAAAAUCAAUUAAAAGUUGUUGCAUUAAAAACGACAAAUAAUAUCAAUACUUUAAUUAAGGAUUUGUUUCAUUCGCCACCUAGUUUCAAAAGCGUUGUUGAAUUGUCCUGGAAAAUUAUCACUAAUUCCCAAAAGACCGAUAAAGCAGUGUCUGGACACAAGCGUCACACGCCAAUCACAUUUGGAAAUGAUAGUAGUGAAAAUAAGCGCAACCGAGACGAUAUGAAAAAUAAUAAAAGGGAACUUUACACUCCUCCAAGUGGAAAAUACAGUUCAAACAUCUCUUCAAACUAUGGAAACAGAGGACGACUUCGGGGUUAUAAGCAAGGGGGUAGAGGCGGUUUUAGGCAAAGGGGUCGCAGUAGUUGGCGAAAUAAGCCCUAUUAAUAUUGAUUUAAAGUUUAAAGUACCGAAUCGUUUUUUCUCUAAAGAGACAUCAAAAAAGGAGAUGAAAAUAAGUUUAGAAGCACAGCAUGUGAAUUAAACUAUUUUUUUAUUUUUCUUAAAAAAAACUUUCUCAAGUUUUAAGAGAGCUCUUUGGGAGUUUGAAAAGUGUGCUCUUUUUUUCAUCGAGAGUUAUAAGAAUUUUAAAGAUCGAAGUAUAUAAUUUUGAAUUUUA